AUGCCUUCAUCUCCAAGAAAAGCAGCAGCAGGUGUCGCAACAUCAACACCAAUAGCAAACAACAACAAGAACAGCAAUAACAUCCGAAGCCCCAUUUGGCAAUCACCAUUCGACGUGAAACCAGCAAUGACAUCAGCAUCAACAUCAACAUCAACAUCAACAACUACAUCACUAAGUGCCAAGGCGUGUGGUCCAAAAGGCUUUGAACUCUGGAAUUUAUUCUACGAUGAUGUCGACAUGGCCUUUAAUGCUUGGGAAUGGACGGCCAAUAUUGGUGCUCCCGCCGCCUUGGUGGCCGGGGCCGUCUUGGUGACGCUGAGUGAGACUCGAGAAGCCAGUGCUCCUCGAUCCAAAGACCUUUGGUGGGUCCGCAAGGCCAAAAUGACCAUGCGAUGUUUACUAUUGUCAAGUUUUGCUUUGGAAGUCAUUUCCAUUUUCGUAUCCACCAUGACGGGAUCCGUCUUGUUGGGGCAUGGGCCGGCCAAGAAGGCAGUGGGGUAUACAUCGGCAUUGCAGCUACUGCAUCAUCAUCACGAAUUCGAAUACUUGACCACACAAAUCUGUUUCUUGCAAGGAUUGCUCAAUUGGUUGGCCUCCGUAGCCAUUGAAUUGGUCUUGCCCAAGGACAGUGAAACCAAAUCGGCACGUCGGGUGAAUAAGUGCCUCUCCAGCUGGCUCAUGACGCUGAUUGUUUGGAUUUUGGCCUUUUACAAUCACCACCUUUCCUUUUAUUCCGAUUAUGCUCAAAUGCUCAAGCGUCUAUGUUGUCUAUUUGUCCAAGGCUACUUUGUCGAGUGGAGACCAUUGAAAUUAUUCUAUAUUCCUUCCAUGAUUGGUUCCGCUCUUCUGACAUGGAAGGCCUUUCGAAGUAGUCCCGAAGAAGACGAAGAAGAUGAAGUCUUACAAAAGUUAUAA